UUGGUUAAAUUUGCCAUCAACUGACACAGAGAUAAAUGAAUCUGGGAGACUCUCUUCCUGAUUUGGGACUUGGUCUCACCAGCUUUAGGAAUCAACACUACUGUGAUUUAGUCCUACAUGCUUUUGUAUACAUUUCAAAAAGUUGGAGAGCUUAUUUUUGAUUAAAGCAACCCAAUCCAUAGUGAUGGCUACAAUAAUGAGCCCAUACUCAUGGACAGAGGGAUUGGAAUCUCCUGCUGGGGAAGGAAAGCCCAGGACUGGACUCACAGCUCACGAAUCUCCAGCCAGAAACAAAACUGAGCCACGAAUCCGGAGACCCAUGAAUGCCUUCAUGGUCUGGGCUAAGGACGAGAGGAAAAAAUUAGCCAUUCAAAAUCCUGAUUUACACAACGCCGAACUUAGCAAAAUGCUGGGCAAAUCAUGGAAGGCGCUCACUCCUUCGCAGAAGAGACCUUUUGUAGAAGAAGCUGAAAGAUUGCGAAUCCAGCACAUGCAAGAUCAUCCCAAUUACAAAUACAGGCCUCGGAGGAAAAAACAGAUCAAACGUCUGUGCAAACGUGUGGACCCCAGCUUCCUGCUCAACAACUUCCCCCACGAUCAGACUCCUGUUCACAGUGGAAGAAUCUGCAGGGGGCCGCUGGAGGAGGAAGAGGAUAAAGGCUAUCGGCCAGCCUCGAGACUUCCUGCAAUCAGCAGAUUCAGGGAUACACAGAACACAAAUAGUAGUUUCGACAACUAUGGGCUCCCCACACCCGAGAUGUCCCCUCUAGACGUAGUGGACGCUGAUCAUAGUUUCUUUCCACCUCCGUGUACAGAAGGUUCUCCUCCUCAGAUGAAUGGAAUGAUGUAUCAUUCAGAAUACAGUCAAAGUCCCAUUCGAUGUGGAAAUCUGAAUCAGAUCUCAAUCCAUCAAAAUAGAUCUCCUAUGAUGCACCCUUCUGCCAACCAUCCUGCACCACCUCCUUAUUAUAACCGAAUUUUACACCCAGCAUUCCAGUCCAUGAAUUCAGGCACAUCAGUCCACCUUUCUCCUCCACGUGACCACCAUCAUCUGGACAACCUUGAGCACAUCAGCCAGGCUGAACUUUUGGGGGAAGUAGAUCGUAAUGAGUUUGAUCAGUAUUUGAACACCUCCAGUCACCUGAAUCAAGCAGGAAUGGUAAUUAACUCACAUUUAUCUGAUGUUAGCCCAUCAGGAGGCACAAGUUCGGAGAGGAGUUUAAUUUCAGUCUUAGCUGAUGCUACUGCAGCAUAUUAUAAUGGCUCCUAGUCCAUAUAUUAAUAGACUAGAACUUUACUAGUCAAUAAUAGUAUUACUUACAAAGAUUGUUGGACAUGGAUAUAUCCUCAGGGUUUUGAAAUCAACCGCUAGUGACUUUCAUAUGUUAAGAACCAAAAUAUUUAUGCCAGUAGAUUCUUUUGACAUUUUCUGAAUAAGAAAGCUUCUCGUGUGGGCUUUUUAAUGCUUGUAAAUCAUUAGGAUUCAUUUAAGAUCCAGUGACUUCUUAAAAUGUUUGUUUGCAAGUUUCUGCAUUAUAUAUAAACAUAUACGUCAUUACCUGCAUUUUUCACUUGAUUGUUUCAUUAUAUACAAAAUAAAUGAUCAUUUUAAAAAAAAGAUAAAUGCUUACACUACUUCACAUUUAAUGAUCCAUUUAUAAAAUCACAUGCUGAUAAAUUUUAAAAAUGGACAUAACGCUCAGUGUCAUUAACCGUGAGGGAAAAAAUAAGCAUUCACUCAUUUUCAUUAUAAAUGGAAGUUUACCUCCCUUAGGUUGCCUGUAGUCAAAUAAAUUCAUUUAUAUUUAUUUAUUUGUAAUUAGUGUUUCAUGUAAUUUUGCUUGACAUUAAAUUUAUCUUUUGGCAACCUAAAGGAAAAUUUAAAUGUUUCGAAUAAAAAUAUAUGAAUUUUAGACACACAUGCCACAAAUUGGGAAAACUAAAACUGGAUCACUGGCUACAACAUUCUAUUUCUAACUAUGAAGCUGCCCAGCAAUCAGACUUGAGGGACAUAAAAUGCCUAAAGAAAAAUGUUGCUUUGUCGAUUCACUGUAUUUAGGUUUGUUUUAAUUAUUCAGUAAUUUUUGACGAGCUAUUCUGGUUUCUCCAGAAUCACUGCAUUAAUGUCUGAAGGGAAGAAACAGAAUACAAUCUGAAAAACAAAUAUAGCUUUAUGCACUUUAGAAAUGGUUUUGUUGGUCAAAAAUAUCUCAAGCUUGUUAAUAUUUUAGAGUUUUUAGAAAUAUAUUAUAGAGGAAAGCUCUUUAAGAUAAAGACCCAAAUUAUCACAGAAUUUAGAUUCUAUUGUAUUUCCCAACAGCUAUCAAUGCUCAAUUGCAUCAUUUUCAGGUGAGCUUUUUCAAUUAUGAGAAGGUAUUACUUUCAAAAUAAUUUCUUUAAAACAUUCUUGUUUUGUCAUUUUGUCAGUCAUAAAAAAAAAUCAAAUUAAUGUUUUAAAUUGCUAGAAUGUUUUAAUACUGAAAUUCACCUUGUGACAUAGUUAUGAGAUGUCCUAAAUUAAUGUAGCUGUAUAUUCCUAAAUAUGUAAUUACUUUCCCAGUUUCAGUUUAAUAUUUUAAAAUGUCUGAAGUGUAGCAAUUGAAACAAAUUUGUAGCAUUUAUAAUCUAAUUGUGUAACUGCCAACUAACGUACAAAUUGGGAAUGAUCUCCUCUUUAAUUAGUAUGCCUUUAGUAGUAAUGUUCUGCUAUAAUUUAAAAUCUAUUCACGGAACUAAGCUGUAAUGAAUUUUGUUUCACUGAUUUUUUUAAAUAAAGGAA